ACAGCGCGACGAGUAUAAAGCCAACUGCGUUCCGAACCUCCGCCAUCUUGAGCUUUGUUCGCGGUGAAACUGUUAGUUCCUAACUGUCUCACCAUUUUUCAAACAUGUCUGACCAGCUUUGCAAACUUUUUGUCGGCGGCCUAAACGUGGACACCGACGACGAUGGUCUGCGGAAGCAUUUCGAGCAGUUCGGUACGCUAACCGACUGUGUCGUGGUGGUGAACAAGCAGCUCCAGCGGUCCCGUUGUUUCGGCUUCGUGACCUACUCCACGCCGGAGGAAGCCGACGCAGCCAUGAGAGCUAGGCCGCACACCGUCGACGGCAGCGACGUCGAAGUGAAGCGGGCCGUAGCCAGGGAAGAUGCGAACAAGCCAGAGGCGCUCGCAAAGGUGAAGAAAAUCUUUGUCGGAGGCCUGAAAGACGACAUCGAAGAAGAACACCUGAAUGAGUAUUUCUCUCAGUACGGCCAGGUCGAGAAGGCCGAAGUCAUCUCCGAGAAGGAGACCGGGAAGAAGAGGGGAUUCGGCUUUGUCUACUUCGCUGAUCACGAUGCAGCCGACAAGGCGGUUGUGGUUAAAUUUCACACCGUGAAUGGACACAAAGUUGAGGUGAAGAAAGCCCUGACAAAGCAGGAGAUGCAGGCAGCCGGUAGAGGGGGGAUGCCACCAAGAGGACGCGGCAGAGGCAUGAGGGGAAAUCAAAAUGGCUACAGCACUAGGGACUAUGGGGGAAACUACGGCAGCUACGGAAAUGGCGGAGGCUACGGAAACUGUGGCGGCGGCUACGGUGGUUAUGGCGGACCAUACGGAGGUGGUGGUUAUGGAGAACAGAGCAGCGGCUACGGGGGUGGAAAUGGCUACAACGAGUUCGGCAGCGGGUAUGGUCAGCAUUCAUCCGGGUAUGGUCCAAUGAAGACGAACUUCGGAGGCCCGAGAAACACUGCUCCCUACGCCAGAGGCGGCGGCGGAGGUGGUGGCGGCUACCCAAGGGGUGGUGGAGGAGGCUACGGCGGCUAUUAAAUGAGACUGCACGAUGGAAAAUUCACACCAGCCCAAAACAACCCCUGCCAUUGGUGACCUCCAGCCAGGAUUUGGAAGCCACAAUUCAAAUUCAGAUCGUCUGCCCGUGAAACCCCCACAUCGGCAGACACGGACACAGAGACCCCCCUCUAAUCAUUUUGAAGACCUCAAAGCCCGAACAGGUAGGAAGGUCACUUCCCACAAAGCCUGAUAAUAACGAGCAGCCGAUGUUGCCGUUCAACUAGGACACGUUUCAGAUGGAGAAUAAAACAGUGGUUCUUUAUUAUGUAGUUGUUAAGAGUAUUUUUUAUUUGCGUUCACAACUUUUGAUGUAGGAUUGUUUUUUUUGCUGACCAGUAUAAUAUUUGCAUUUUAAUUAGUUUGUUAUUUGGAGUAAAAUUUAGUGUGAUUUCGAUGUAUGAGGACGAGAAAGCAUGUUUUGUGUUCUGUUUUAUUAGCUGUCAUGAUUAGAGACAUUUGUAUAAUUAUUUUACUUGGGUCAUUCAGCAAAAAGGCGACCACGUGACACAUCAGGAUCCUUUUUUUUCCUUGUUUCCUUCCCUAAAAACUGUUUCUCCUCAUGCGUAGUUCUAGCUUCAACCUUAAAUAUUGUUCAUUUUUCAUUACCUGUAGCAAUAUCUCAUGUAUAUUGUAUACUUUUAUGUCUGGAGAACAAAACCUACUGUUAAAACUCUUUGGUAUGCUUAUGUAUGUUCAUUUUAAAUAAAACGUUCUACCACUUAGCUUAGUUAUUUUACUUAUUUAACCAGGCUUCCUCAAGUUUAUCCACAGGUUUUAUGUGCGUCAUCUUGAUCUUUUUUUAGUUUCAAGGCAACUUUACAGGCACAGUUUAUUCCCUUACUGCAGGUGGGUGAAAUGAAUGGAUGUAGUCUACCCACGGCCAAUGCAUGUAGGCUUUGUAGGGUUUGACCAUGUUUUUAAAACUACCUUUGCUAACUACUUUAUUAUAAUUUUACAUUUUGAAUACAUAUCUGUGGACUUGAGGGCUCUGUUAAUUUACCUUUGAUUAUUCCUACAUUUAGGUGUUCUUACUCGUAUUCCUGUAGGCUAUCCCAGCGAAUAUAGCCGUAGCAGUUUGUUUGUAGGCUACAGCAGGACCCUGUUGAUUACCUGGGGUCGGUUGUGAUAGGAGUCUGAAAUAUCUCUUUAGGAUAUCCGCUCCCAGCAAACUAGGUUGCAAUGGUAACCUGGGCACGACGGCAUCACCCUUAAAGUUGAUGGGGGGUGUUUGUCUCCAUGCUGACGAGAGGAAAGCGGACACUGGUGGUGCCUUCUCCUUCCCCCUCAGUUGAACAUAAGAUUUCCGACACCCCUUGAAGGCAGCAGUGACGGGAUUCGUCCAGGAGCCACUGAGGGUGUUGAGUUUUUCAAGAUGACCAAUCAGCGGCCGAUACGUCUUAGUGAGCCACACGGCCCGCCCAGACGUCGUUCAUUGAAGAAGAGGGACAGUCUCGGUUCACCCUCCUCCUACAAGAAAUUCAAUCAUGUCGGCGAAACUCUGCAAGCUUUUCGUCGGUGGGCUGAACGUGGAGACCACUGAUGAUGGUCUCCGCGCGUAUUUCGAACAGUUCGGUACGCUCAGCGACUGCGUGGUGGUCCAGAACCAGCAGCUGGGACGGUCCCGCUGUUUCGGCUUUAUCACCUACUCGACGCCGGACGAGGCCGACGCAGCAAUGGCGGCUAAGCCACAUGUCGUUGACGGCAAAAACGUGGAGCUGAAAAUGGCCAUUGCUCGAGAGGAUGCUCAAAACCCGGACAUCGUCGCCAACGUGAAGAAGAUCUUUGUCGGCGGAGUGAAAGACCACAUCGAGUCGGAACACCUGACCGAGUACUUCUGCCAGUUCGGCACCGUGGAGAAGGCCGAGAUCAUCUCCGACAAGCAGACCGGCAGAAAGAGGGGCUUCGGCUUUGUCUUCUUUGAGGACACCGACUCCGCCACCAAAGCGGUGCUGGCCAAAUACCACAUCAUCAACGGGAACAAGGUGGAGGUGAAGAAGGCUUUGACCAAACAGGAGAUGAACACCGGCGGAGGAAGAGGUGGAGGAAGAGGUCGAGGGAGAGGGAUGCAGAACUAUGGCGGCGGGAGAGGAGGUGGUGGCUACGGAGGAGGCUACGGCGGCAACUACGGAGGAGGCUACGGCUACGGCGGUGGUUACAACGGGGGCGGCGGCGGAGGAGGUGGAGGAUACGGAGGGUACGGGGGUUACGACGACUACGACAGCCAGAUGGGGGGUGGGUUCAGUAAUGGUGGUGACUAUGGAGAUGGCGGCUACGGACAGCAGCACUCCAAUUAUGGUGCAGUGAAGGGGGCCAGCUACUCCUACAGGAGCCCGGGUCCCUACAACAGAGGCGGCGGCGGCGGUGGAGGGGCCUACGGCAGGGGGGGUGGAGGUGGGGGUGGAUAUGCCGGUGGCUAUUAAUCCCUCCUUUUAUAAUUUUUUUUUUUUUUUGAAUUGUUCAUGGGGAAAUGUCUGAUAACAGCGAACUUGAAUGCACACACAUCACUCACAAACCGAGGUGGGGGCUGAGGGGUCUUUGUUAAGUUCAGUUAAGGGGAACAGAGCCCAUCACCCACGCGGAAUGAAUGAGACUGUCCCCUUGGGAUCCCCCCCCCUCCAAUUUGGUCUUCAUCUGUCCUCUUAUUCCACACAUAUGGACUUUAAUGCUAAGAAUUGUGAAUUAUUGUAUUGUACUUUUGUUAUGUUGGGGAUGAACUUGUUUUGAAACGUUUGUAAAAUGUCAGUCACUGCUUUUUCUCAAAGUUUGUCUUGCAAACCAGCCACAUGUGUCUGUUAUAUUUUUUUCAUCAUGAACUCAGGGUUUUUAGUGAAGUGGGUGGCAGAGUCGGGCAGCAUGGGACUUAACUGCGUGACUUUCUUGAUCUGUAAAACACGUGACAAAAGUAUUUUUGGAAAACUGUCCCGGCCUGUUUUUGUUACCUGUAAUUAUUUUCUUCCCGUCCCAUUACUGGCUUUUUUUAUUUAAGAUUUAAAACAGUUUAAUUGAAAAUCCGAGUGUUCAGUUCACCCCUGUGUUAUUCUGCUUUUAUUAAAGUUUUUAAUGUUUUGAAAAAUCCAUCUUAUCUCUCAGUAUUGUUUCAUAUCUUGAGGGUUACCUGCAGCUGUAGUAGCACUGUUGUGGAAGGGGUUCCUGAAUCCACCACCAGGAGGGAGUGUCUCCUAUAAAGUCCUGCAUUUCCAGUUGAUCAGCCAUUUUAUACCGGCAAAGAAUAGCUGGCUGGUAGAACCUGAUAAUAGGCAUUACUGAAAACUGAAUCAGUAGUGUUCUUCAAUGUGUUCAUAUAUGUAAAAAUGCAAUCCUCCAAUUCAAUAAACAAAGAUUAAACUAA